UUUUAAGGCUUUUUAAUGAUCUUGUUGCUUCUGUUUCCUCCGUGGUGUUGUUGUGUUUAGAUUUGACUGCAGCACUUGACACUGUGGAUCACCAAAUUUUGAUUUCUCGUCUUCAGGAAUAUGUUGGUACCAAAGGUGUGGCUCUAAAGUGGUUCAGAUCCUACCGUGAAGAAAGAGAUUUUCUGUUCAGUUAGGUUCCUAUAGUUUAGGUGUGACUCAGCUGAGCUGUGGAGUUCCACAGGCUCCGGUUUGGGUCCUUAACUGUUUUCUUUGUACAUACUGCCCCUUGGGUCAGUUUUCAAAAAACACAACAUUUCCUUGCAUUGUUUUGCCAAGUUUUUACACGUUUACUUGCCCUUAAAACCCAGCACAGAUAAUACCCAGACCAUCUCAUGCAGCCUUCAGGAUGUAAAGGACUGGAUGGCUCUAAGCUUCUUUAAGUCAAAUUGUGGUAUUUGGUGAUUUAUCUGUUGCCAAAACAUCUCAGAGUUUCUGAGCUGAAAUUGCCUCCAGUCUGACAGAAAUCUUGGUGUUAUUUUUGAUAGAACAGGUUGUCAGAGCAGGUUUUUACCAGCUGCAUCUCCUGAGGUGAAGUCAUACCUGCCCCGCCAUGACCCAGAACACUUCAUUCAUGUCUUCAUCACCUGCUGACUGGACUCCUGUAACUCUCUGUACAGUGGGUUAGACCAGGGCUCCAUCGUCCACUUACAGUCAGUCCAAAACGCUUCAGCGCGCAUGCUCACACAAACCAAGACAUAAUAAUGAGCUCAUUUCUCCAGCUCUGGCCUCUGCACCGGCUGCUGUCAGCUUCAGGGUGGAUUUUAAGAUCCUGUUGAUGAUUUUUAAAUGUGUAAAUGCGUUGGCCUGUCUCUUUAUCUCUCGGAGCUUCUGUCUGUCCUUGUUCCCAGUAGAACCAUGAGAUCAUCAGACCAGAUGACGUUAAAUGUUCCAUGGUCCAGGCUAAAAACGUGAGGGGACGGGGCUUUUGGCGAAGCUGGUCCCAGACUCUGGAACAGUCUUCCUCUGGGUAUUACAACUGCCCCAUCUUGAAAUAUUUGUAAAUCUUUGUUAAAAACUCAUCUGAAAGCCCUGUUCUGAACACAAGCUGACAGGCUUUAGUCUUUGAUUCUUUUACUGUGUUGUUGUGUGUGUUAUUUUACCUUUGUACAGCUGUGGUUGUUGUUAAUUGUGCUUUAUAAAUAAACUGGACUUGACUAAAAAUGAUCGUUUUAACCUCCCCCUGUCUCCGCCCACUGCUUUUGCAAAUAGCUGCACUAAUACUUAAAAGCAGAACAAACAGCAUGAUGCGUUUUCUUUCAUUAUUGAUGACUGAUUAUUGAUGACUGAUUAUUGAUGACUGAUUAUUGAUUAUUGAUGAUUCUCUUAGCUCACAAACUCUGACUUGAGUUGCACGAGUGGCUCAUGCGGCUCCCUCCUCGUGCGCAGGGCAGUCCUCGUGCGCGGCACACACAGGGUUAAGCGGCUCGGGCUCAGACAGGUGCCGCCAGCAGAGCCGCAUCAGACCAAACCCUCCCGAGCAUCCCCGGAGCCCCAGAGGCGGGAUGGUGGUGCUCAGAGCGGGGAGCAGGCUCACAGAGACACGAGGCUCCACCUGCAGCGCCUCUCCGCGCCUCACGCGCUCCUAAACUCUUCAACUCUUCAACUCUUAAACUCUUCAACUCUGCGUAAACUUGUUUCUUUGAGAACUUCUCUCGGACUCUCGUGCGGCUCGUGCACUGCGGACAUGUGCUGGAGGCGGUUUGCGCGCGGGUUCUGGAUGCUGGCGUGCGCGUCCAUGUGGAUGGAGUGGCAGCUCGGAGCGGUGCCCGCAAUCACCUACACUCACCCGGGCAUCUGCCCCAACGACAUGAACCCCAACCUGUGGGUGGACGCCAUGAGCACGUGCACGCGCGAGUGCCUCUCUGACCAGGAGUGUGAGCCUUCAGAGAAGUGCUGUCAGAACGUGUGUGGGAACCGCAGCUGUGUGGCGGCGCGUUAUAUGGACGGGACCAAGGGUCCGGUGGGCAUGCCCCCUCAGGCCAGCUGUGCCAGCUUCAUGUGCUCGCAGCAGGGCUCUGUGUGUGACAUCUGGGACGGGCAGCCCGUGUGUAAGUGCAGGGACCGCUGCGAGAGGGAGCCCCACUUCACCUGCGCCUCCGACGGGAUGACCUACUACAACAGGUGCUACAUGGACGCGGAGGCCUGCUCCAGAGGCAUCAGUCUGACCGUGGUCACCUGCCGCUUCCACCUGAGCUGGCCCAACACCAGCCCCACUCUGCCCCGAGCCACCACAGGACGCCCCACUACCGCCCCCUCCACACCACCGCCCCCCACCCCCACAGAGCCCCAGUCCCCCGCUCUGGUCAGCAGCCCCGUGCAGCAGACGGUCAGCGUGGGCGACACGGCCAGCUUCCUGUGUGACACAGUGGGGCGUCCUCGCCCUGACAUCACGUGGGAGAAGCAGCAGCCCGAGGGGGCCGAGCGCGUGCUCAUGAAGCCCAACCACGUCAGGGGCAACAUGGUGGUCACCAACAUCGGCCAGCUGGUCAUCUACAACGCCCAGCCCCAGGACUCUGGGGUGUACACCUGCACCGCCCGCAACCCCUCUGGCUCUGUGCAAGCUCACCACCCCCUCACCGUCCUGCCCCCUCAGCCCCUCCACAGCCAGGGGGCCAACCUGAGCCGCUGUCUCCCAGAGGAGUGUGUGAAGCCCCCUGGCAGCUCGGAGCCCUGCCCCGGUGAGGAGAGGGUCAGCUGGUACUAUGAGCGCAAAGCUAAUAACUGUCUGUCUGUGAGCCACUGCCAGGGCCCCGAGCAGCCUGGCUCCAGGCUCUUUGACACGUAUGAGGCGUGUAUGCGCUGCUGUGGCCCCGAGCUGUCGGGCCCCUGUGGACUGCCCAGUCUGCAGGGCCCCUGUAAGGCGUACGAGCCGCGCUGGGCAUACAGCAGCAAUCUGCUCCAGUGCCAGUCCUUCAUCUAUGGAGGAUGUGAAGGCAACGACAACAACUUUGAGUCCAAAGAAGCCUGUGAGGAGAUGUGCCCCUUCCCUAAAAACCAACACUGUAAAGUGUGCAAGCCCCGCGGCAAGAUGGUCACCAGCUUCUGCAGGAGCGACUUUGUGAUUGUGGGCCGGAUGAGCGAGCUGACCGAGGAGAAGGACUCCGGACACGCCCUGGUCUCUGUGGAGGAGAUCCUGAAGGACGAGAAGAUGGGUCUGCGCUUCUUCGGCGCAGAGCCUCUGGAGGUCACUUUCCUGAACAUGGACUGGACCUGCCCCUGCCCCAACAUCACAGGGGCAGCCGCAGAGGGCCCGGUCAUCAUCAUGGGGAAUGUCAGUGACGGAAUGGCUGUGCUGCAGCCCGAGAGCUUUGUGGGAGCGUCCAGUCCACGCCGAGUACGGAAGCUCAAAGAGGUCAUAUCUAAAAACACAUGUGACAUUCUGCGAGCCAUCACCAACAGUCCCCAGUAAACUUCUGUCCGUCCGGAUGCUUUAUUUUAACAAAAGAACUCUUCUGACACUAAUGCUGCAUUUGACAUGUUAAAGUGAAUGUUCUCCUCCUGUGUCCCGUGUCAUACUUAAUGUGCUCCUGUUGUUUACUGUGUCAUACUUACUGUGCUCCUCCUGUGUACUCUCAUACUUACUGUGCUUCUCUUCACUGUGUACUGUCAUAAAUACUGUGCUACUGGGACAUGUUGUCAUAGAAAGCAUCAGACACAUGUGAGUGUGUGUGGAUCACACACAUAUGUGCCAGCCCUGCGCUUUUGUCUUCACAUUGUGGCUGUUUCUUUCAUCCAAUUGUUUUCUUGUGUGUGCAGAGUGACCGGUGUGCUGUGUGUGUGAGUACACAUACAUGUUUGUGUGUAGUAUAUAAGUAUAUGUGUAUGUAAUUUGCUGCAGACAUGCUCAUUGAUCUUCAUGUAAAAACAGAGAUAUAAGGGCUGUGAGCUGGUAACCACAGAGUUUAGUUAAACAAAGCUUUGAUUGGCCUCUCUGUGGGAUUGUAAAAAUGUGUGCCCUGUGCCCAGCCUCUGUGGUGGGCUGUAAUUGGCGCAGGAGCCGGGCUGUAGGCUCACAUGGAGCUGUGGAGAGUUAUGCGUUUCAUGGCGUGCCAACAGGAGGCUUCAGGGGUGUUCGCCAUCGCGCACUCUGUUUCUCCCAUCCUCCUCCACAGGCCUUUACGGGCUGCACCCCCGGGAGGCCAGCACACUCCAGCAGCUGUUGGAGCACCACAACAAAGAGAGGCCCAGCCGCACCUUCAAUCACUAAGUGAGAGCAGCGCGCACAAAACAAACUGGUUCCAUGCCUGGAAUGCCAUUAUCAGAUCAUACACGAGGACACGUCGAAUGAGAGACCUCUGGGUUCAUUACAAACUGGCAGCCCACAGUGAGGAGUGUGUGAGCCAGAAUCACCACUGUGGACAUCCACUUUCACUUCAUGUAAAUAGUGCUUGUAAUUAUGAAUAAAUCUACUUUAUAAUUAACAUCAGACAAAUGUAACAUUUCAUUUGUGUCUUAUCAAAAGCCACUUUAUUCAAAUGAAGAAAGGCUGAUGAACAAAGUGUUUGGCUGAGAAUAAAGUGCACUGAGUGACCCUGCACUGGAGUCCAGUCCAGCCACACAUGGAAAAGGAGAAGGGAGGUCUCUGUAGAACAUGCACACAGUGUGAUGAGGGUUUACACACCUCCAGCUGUGCUGAGCC